AUGUCGAACGUUUUCUUCCCAUACUCCAAGGCGCCUUUGCGCACCGUCAAGGAGAUCCAGUUCGGUCUCUUCGCCCCCGAAGAGAUUAAGCGCAUGAGUGUGGUCCACAUCGAGUAUCCCGAAACAUUGGAUGACCAACGGCAACGGCCACGAACAAAGGGUAUCAACGACCCUCGGCUCGGUACAAUCGACCGUCAAUAUAACUGCGAGACUUGCGAAGAGGGACCCAAAGAAUGCCCUGGGCACUUUGGUCACAUUGAACUUGCUUGUCCGGUUUUCCACAUUGGUUUCUUGACCAAAAUUAAGAAGCUACUGGAGACUGUCUGCCACAACUGCGGCAAGAUCAAAGCCAACACGACCGACUCUAAGUUCCUCGAGGCACUCCGAUUCCGUGACCCCAAGCGACGAUUCGAUGCCAUCUGGCGACUAUCCAAGGAUGUCCUGAUCUGUGAGGCUGACCAGCCUGCCGAUGACGAAGAAUUUUCCAAGGAAUCAUCCAAGGGCCGCAACCACGGUGGCUGCGGUAACGCACAACCCACCGUUCGGAAGGAAGGAAUUUGCUUGGUCGGAACAUGGAAGCCCAGCAAGGCUAUGAUGGAGGAGGAGAUGGCCCAGCCUGAGAAGAAGGUCAUUACCCCUGCGAUGGCGUUGAACAUCUUCCGCAACAUCUCCAUUGAGGAUGUGCGCAUCAUGGGACUCAGUAAUGACUACGCUCGCCCAGAAUGGAUGGUCCUCACCGUUCUGCCUGUCCCUCCACCUACUGUCCGCCCCAGUGUUGUCAUGGGAGCUACCAGUGGUGCUCGUGGAGAGGAUGAUCUGACUUACAAGCUGGCUGAAAUCGUCCGUGCGAACCAGAAUGUCCAACGAUGUGAACAAGAGGGUGCACCCGAGCACGUCAUUCGUGAAUUCGAGUCUCUGCUCCAAUAUCACAUCGCUACCUACAUGGAUAAUGACAUUGCAGGACAGCCAACCGCAAUGCAAAAAGGAAACCGUCCCGUCAAGGCUCUCCGAAGUCGUUUGAAGGGUAAGGAGGGUCGUCUCCGUCAGAACUUGAUGGGAAAGCGUGUCGACUUCUCCGCACGUACUGUCAUCACUGGUGACCCUAACCUGUCACUGGAUGAAGUCGGUGUUCCCUACUCGACCGCCCGUAUCCUGACGUACCCCGAGGUUGUGACGCCAUACAACAUCGAGAAGCUUCAGAAGCUAGUUUCAAACGGUCCUAACAUUCACCCUGGUGCGCGUUACAUUGUGCGUGACAACGGCGAGCGCAUUGAUCUUCGUCACGCCAAGCGUGCGGGUGCUCAGCAGCUACUGUAUGGCUGGAAGGUCGAGCGCCAUCUCGAUAACGGCGAUUACAUUCUGUUCAACCGUCAGCCUUCCCUGCACAAAGAAUCCAUGAUGGGUCACCGCGUCCGUGUUAUGCCUUUCUCCACCUUCCGAAUGAACUUGUCUGUGACCAGUCCUUACAACGCCGAUUUCGAUGGUGACGAAAUGAACUUGCACGUUCCUCAGGGUGAAGAAGCCCGUGCCGAACUCGCUGAGUUGACUUUGGUUCCCAAGAACAUUGUCUCCCCCCAGCGUAACGGUCCCCUCAUGGGUAUUGUUCAGGACACCCUGUGUGGUAUCUACAAGAUUUGCCGUCGUGACAGCUUCCUUACCAAGGAUCAAGUCAUGAACCUCAUGCUCUGGGUUCCCGACUGGGAUGGUGCUAUCCCUCCACCUGCUAUUCUCAAGCCCCGACCCCGUUGGACCGGAAAGCAGAUCAUUAGUAUGGCUUUCCCCUCUGGACUCAACCUUCUACGUGUUGACAAGGAUGGAUCGCCAAUGGCCGAGAAGUUCAGCCCUCUGAACGACGGUGGUCUCUUGAUUCACGGUGGACAGUUGAUGUACGGUAUGCUCUCCAAGAAGACUGUCGGUGCCAGUGGUGGUGGUGUUAUCCACACUAUCUUCAACGAAUAUGGUCCCGAUACCUGUGUCAAGUUCUUCAAUGGUGCCCAGGCCAUUGUCGGCUACUGGUUAUUGCACCACGGUUUCAGUAUCGGUAUUGGUGACACCAUUCCCGAUCAGAUGACCAUCAAUAAGAUCGAGGAAGCUGUCCGCAACCGAAAGCAGGAAGUCGAGCAGAUUACCGCUAGCGCUACUGAGAACACUCUCGAGGCUCUUCCCGGUAUGAACGUUCGUGAGACAUUCGAGAGCAAGGUUUCUCGUGCUCUUAACAACGCCCGUGAUGAGGCUGGUGACGCUACCGAAAAGAGUCUGAAGGAUUUGAACAACGCCAUCCAGAUGGCCCGUUCUGGUUCUAAGGGUUCGGCGAUUAACAUUUCCCAGAUGACUGCGCUUGUCGGGCAGCAAUCCGUCGAAGGAAAGCGUAUUCCCUUUGGUUUCAAGUAUCGAACCUUGCCGCACUUUACAAAGGAUGAUUACUCACCCGAGUCUCGUGGCUUCGUUGAGAACUCAUACCUCCGUGGUCUGACUCCCACCGAGUUCUUCUUCCACGCCAUGGCUGGUCGUGAGGGUUUGAUUGAUACUGCUGUCAAGACAGCCGAAACUGGUUACAUCCAGCGUAAGCUGGUCAAGGCUCUUGAAGAAGUCAUGGUGAAGUACGACGGUACUGUCCGUAACUCGAUGAAUGAUAUCAUUCAGUUCAUCUACGGAGAGGACGGUCUUGAUGGUGCCCACAUUGAGAACCAGCGCGUUGAUCACAUCAAGUGUGACGACGAAACACUCAGGAGACGCUUCCGCGUUGAUGUCAUGGACCCUGAACGGACCCUUGGCCCCGAGGUUCUGGAGCAAGCUAAUGAGAUUGCUGGUGACAUGGAGGUGCAGAGGUACUUCGACGAAGAAUGGGAGGCCAUUGUCAAGGAUCGUGAGUUCCUUCGCACUGUCGUGAAGGAGGAUGAAGAAAUGAUGCAACUUCCCAUCAACAUUCAACGUAUCCUUGAGAUGGCUCGAACCACUUUCCACAUUCGCGAGGGCACAAUCAGUGAUUUGCAUCCUGCGGAGGUUAUUCCUCAAGUUCAGCAGUUGCUGGAUAGAUUGAUGAUUGUCCGCGGUGAAGACGCCAUCUCCCGUGAGGCCCAGGUGAAUGCGACCUUGUUGUUCAAGGCGCAGCUGCGUAGUCGUCUUGCCUUCCGCCGCCUCGUCACAGACUAUUCUCUCAACAAGCUGGCAUUCCAGCAUGUUCUCGGUGCCAUUGAGAGUCGCUUCGCUCGCGCUGCGGCCAACCCUGGUGAAAUGGUUGGCGUUCUUGCUGCCCAGUCUAUUGGUGAACCUGCUACACAGAUGACACUGAACACCUUCCACUUUGCUGGUGUGUCUUCUAAGAACGUUACCCUUGGUGUGCCUCGUCUUAAGGAAAUUCUGAACGUUGCCACCAACAUCAAGACCCCGUCCAUGACUGUCUACCAAGAAGGCAUGGAUACCCACAACAAGGAUGGUGCCAAGACACUUCGCAGUCUCGUCGAGCACACCAGCCUCCGAUCCGUCACUGAAUCCACCGAGAUUUACUACGAUCCCGAUAUUCAGUCCACUGUCAUUGAGAACGAUAGGGACAUGGUCGAGUCCUACUUCAUCAUUCCCGAGGACACUGAUGAGGACUCGGGCUCCCAGUCCAAGUGGCUGCUCCGUAUUGUUCUCAGCCGUCCUUCCCUUCUUGAUAAGGGCUUGACGGUCCAGGAUGUCGCCACAAGGAUUAAGCAGGCCUACCCACGUGAUAUUGCAGUCAUCUUCAGUGAUAACAACGCCGACGAGCAGGUCAUCCGUAUCCGCCAGGUUCAAGAUUACAAGGAUGAUGACGAUGAAGAUGUUGAAUACGAUGUGACUCUCAAGAAGCUCGAGCAGCACCUGUUGGACACUUUGACCCUUCGUGGUGUUACCGGUGUUGAUCGUGCCUUCAUUAACGAGAAGCCUCGGGUUCGUGUUCAUGAUGAUGGCCGCCUCUUCUCGGACAAGAAUGACCCUCUUUGCAAGGAGUGGGUUCUCGAAACCAGUGGUUCAUCUCUGGCCGCGGUUCUCUCGAUUCCUGGUGUCGAUGCUUCUCGUACAUACUCUAACCAGUUUAUUGAGAUUUUCGAGGUCUUCGGUAUCGAGGCUGCCCGUACAGCUGUGCUCCGCGAGUUGACCCUUGUGCUUGCUUUCGACGGUUCCUACGUUAACCAUCGUCACUUGGCGCUUCUUGUUGAUGUCAUGACAGUUCGUGGUUACCUGACCCCUGUUACUCGUCACGGUAUCAACCGUGCCGACAACGGUGCUCUCAUGCGUUGUUCGUUCGAAGAGACAGUCGAGAUCUUGCUGGAAGCUGCCGCGUUUGGUGAACUGGAUGACUGCCGUGGUGUUUCCGAAAACUUGAUCCUUGGACAGAUGGCGCCCGCUGGAACGGGAGAGUUUGAUGUUUACUUGGAUCAGAGCUUGCUCAACACGGUCGUGUCCAACAAUGCACGCUACGGCCUCAUGGGUGCGGUUGGUGCAAAGGAUGCCAUCAUCCCAGAUGGUGCUGCUACCCAGUACGAUACGGGAUCGCCCAUGGCCAGCUCACCCUACAUGACUGAUAGCGACCCUGAUGCUUCAUUCUCUCCCAUCCACCAGAACAUCCAGGAUACCAAUGGAAGCUUCACCGACUACGGCGGCUCUGGAUUCAAUACUGGAAGCUUGAGCCCUGCGGCUCGCAGCCCCGGCUACUCUCCCACAAGUCCUUUCAACACGAGUCCCACAUCCCCUGGGUACUCGCCUUCUUCCAGCUAUUCGCCAACUUCUCCUGGUAUGAGCAUGACCAGCCCACGGUUCAACCCAACCUCUCCUGGAUUCUCUCCUGCCAGUCCGUCGUUCGCCCCGACAUCUCCGGCUUACUCGCCGACCUCGCCUGCGUAUGGUCAAGCGUCUCCUACCUCGCCAUCGUACUCUCCCACGUCACCUGGGUUCUCUCCCACUUCGCCCAACUACAGCCCAACGUCGCCCAGCUUCAGUCCAGCCUCGCCGGCCUUUAGCCCGACAUCCCCCAGCUACAGUCCCACCAGUCCCGCGAUUGGCGGAGCUCGGCACCUGUCCCCAACCUCCCCUACAUCUCCCAAGUACACACCUACUUCCCCUGGGUGGUCUCCCACGAGCCCCCAGUCCUACUCGCCUACUUCGCCCAACUUCUCUGGCUCGCCGACUUCUCCGGCAUACAGCCCCACUUCACCGGCUUACAGUCCUACGUCGCCACGUCAGUGA